UAUCAAAACAAGAGCCCAAAACAAGCACGUCCUUUUAAAAGAUUUUAAAAGAAUCUUAAAAAUAUUUCAAAUCAAGUUGUAUAAAAAAAUGUCUGGUCGUGGUAAAGGAAAGGCAAAGGGAACCAAAUCGAAGACUCGAUCUUCGCGUGCCGGACUUCAAUUCCCUGUUGGUCGUAUUCAUCGCCUUCUUCGUAAGGGGAACUACGCUAGUCGCGUUGGUGCUGGCGCUCCAGUGUAUAUGGCCGCAGUGCUUGAAUAUCUGAGCGCAGAAAUCCUCGAGUUGGCUGGAAAUGCGGCUCGUGAUAACAAGAAAAGCAGAAUAAUCCCCCGACACUUGCAGUUAGCCGUGAGAAACGACGAAGAGUUGAAUAAGUUACUUGGUGGUGUGACGAUCGCGCAAGGAGGCGUACUGCCGAACAUCCAAGCUGUCCUUCUACCCAAAAAAACUGAGAAGAAGAGUUAGACGGUCUCUUAAACAGUAAAUUAAAAAUGUUUCUUUUAGGAAUCGCAAAGGAUAAUAACAAUCAUGAUCUCUGCUUUUAAAAAUGCUCAAAUAUAUUAUUGUGAAAACGAAAGGCAAUGAUAUUCAUUUGAAACAUGUAUAUAUUUCAUUUUUUGCCACAGGUAUCCCACUAUUAGGCAUUGCAAAUUGUGUUGUAUGCAGUAACUUGUUACACAUAUAUAGUAGUAUUUCGUGAAUGAUGUAUUGUCAUAUUAAACUAAUUUUGUCAUA